AUGACGUCAUUUGCGAAGGCCUGUGUGGAUCUUUCAAACAACCUGCGCAACCUUCGUUUCACCAAAUCGUCCAGCUCCAGUGGCAACAGCAACAGUGGCUCCAACACAAACUCUCCCGACCUGUCGACCCAUUCAGAUGCCAACAAACUCACGCAACAACCAGACAGCGGAAUGGGUGCGACCGGCGGCAGCAGUGUCAGUCAUGCGUUGGGCAAUCAUCAAAAUCAUCACCAGCACCAUCAUCAUCAUCAUCAUCAUCACCAUCAUCCUCAACAGGCCUACACUGUUCUGGCUCAAAAUGAGCAGCCCAAGGCGCUUGGAGCGCUAACGCCAGAGAGUGUUUGUGUGGCUGCAUCACAUCCCCCGAUUGCCUCGCCACCCUCGGCCGGCAACCGCGUAGCAACGUCUGGCCGAGCCUGCAAGUCUGCUUCUCUCCUGCCAGCUCACAGCGCCAAGUCUUCCCGGUCUGUCGAGAAUGGAGCCAAUGUCAGGCAUGCUUCUCCAACCGGCUCCGCCAGUUCCGCGACUGGCCGUAUCCAAGGCACAGCUACAGGCGCGCCCGGUCACACCUCCUCUUCCUUCUCCUCCUCGUCCAUACCCAAUCUGUUCUCGGCGUGGGGCGCCAGCCGACAGCUCUCCUUCUUCCCCAGCCGGUUGCCGUCGCCCAUCAUGGAACGGAAACUCUUUCUGCCGGCUGGAGCUGACGCGACCGGUACCAAGAAGGCCAGUCAAGCCUGCCUCACGCAGCCCGUGGCGACUGUCGCAUCGUCGAUCGGUAGUCCCGACAACCGGACCGCCAGCACCGGCUCCCGGUCGCCAGCAAUCGCAUCUUUGCUCGACGUAGAUGCACCUGCGUCGGAUGAAAAGACAACGCUUCGCUGCAGCGUUGCUGUCGACGUCCGGUCGCCAAGCGAUGCUCCUCUUCACUCCACUCACACUCGCCACACACAGCCGGAAACGCCGGGUUUGACGAAACGUAAAGACUACCAUCUGACAACGUCGUCUGCGUCGGCCAUCGGCACGACCGCCUCGACGACAGCGUCUGUCCGAUCGUCUCUCUCGCCACGGCAACCCGUCGUCAUGCCUUGCACUCGACAGUGCGCCACGUCUUCACGUGAAGAUGCGACAGCCUAUUCCUCGUCCCACUCAUCCAGCUCCAACAUUUGCAUGCCUCCGUUUUCGCCCACUUUGGCGCAUCGAAUGGCCGCGCUGGCCAAAAGCAGCGGCCAAAUCGGCUUCCUCUCGGCCGCCACCAGCCAGGCCUCGUUGCUACACACCGGCCGAGGCGUCUUCUCCGGCGGCUCUGCUCGUCUCGACUCGAGCAGAUGCGCCGGCGCCUCCAGUUCGGCCGAUGUUUCGCCCGUUCUGCCGCAUCGCGGCAGCACCGUGGCCGCCAUCAAACAGCGCCUCUUCAACGAAGGUCUCAAGAUCGACUUGGCAACACCGUCGGCGCCGAGCAGUCCCCGAGGCGGCCACUUGACGACCGCCAGCGCGUCCGCCGGUGGCCACGGUUUCGCCGGUUUCGGGUUCGGCGUCCGACGCCAGAUCGUCGGCAUGACCAGCUCACACGCCGCCUGGCUUCUGGUCGGUCAAUCGCAGUCCUCGUCGCCGUCGCCCACUCCGCCGCUCCUCUUGUCGGCCGCCUCUUCUCAGCUCAUCUGCCAACAGCCGCAGCCGCAGCAGCCGCCUCCGUUGACGUUGACGUCGCCGUCGCCGUUGCCGUCGCCGUUGCCGUUGCCGCCGCCGCCGCCGCCGCCGCCGCCACGACGCACUCGCUAUCGCGACUAUGUCCGGCGAAAGAGCAGAACUCGCGCCAGAUGUGUGGCAGAACUGUGGCAGGCGGAGAGUGUGUUGCGUCGUGUCCUCUUUCACAUGGACGGAUCACACCUGCUCACACUUUGCACCGUCUGCCGGGCCUGGCACGACUGCAUUCUGGCGGCAGGAUUCUGGGACCGAGUGGCGCUGGUGAUCGACUUGAAACAGGUCAAUCGGGCCGUGUUGAAUGCGUUGACACGCUUGAGUGAACACCGUCUCGCAUCACCGCCCGACCGGCGUCAGCCGACCGCCGGCCAGCCGCUUCACGCGCAGAUACCGGACGCCAAUCGGCCGUUGUUGGCCGCCCCCGUCGGGCUCUCGUGGCACCAGCAAUUGCACUCGGUCGGCACGGCGACGGAGCGAGGCGCCGUCGAGUCGACGCCUCCCAGUUGCGCCUCCGAGAUGACCGUCCAACUGGUGCGGCUCUUCCAAUUGGCCGCGCGACGUCGUCUCGCCUCGCUGGUGCUCGAGCGCCUCUCCGAUGCCUACGUCAACCAGCUCAUCUGCGCGUUGGCCGCCGUCGCCGGCUCCGGCUCCGGCUCCGGCUCCGGCUCCGGCCGGCCGGACUCGAACUCGACCGACUCGGAGACACGUCAAGAAAUGCCGGUACCGGUGCCGGUUGCGGGCGGUGGCGGAGCGCCCGGUGAUGAGACGAGUCUGUCGAGCGUGAACAUCUUCCCAACUGGCAGCCUGGACACUGUG